AGUCCAUUCAGCUUCGAUUCAGCUUCUAUUGCUUUUGACACCGUCCUUCUGCUCAUUCUUUAGAGGCCUUACUGCAAUGACGAGACCAAUCCUUUCUGGUACCAGCCCGACAAUGAUACUGCUCCUCGCCCUCGUCGCUUCGACGGUAUCGCCAACGCAGGCCUUUGGCUUACUACCGCGAAGUUCCGACUCCUGUCCCAGCAACUAUAACAGAUGUGCAGACAUCAAGUUGCCGGACACAUUUUGCUGCUCCAGCUCAUCCACCUGUAUCAGCUUGGAUGAUUCCACCUCCGCCAUUUGCUGUCCGGACGGCGAGAGCUGUGACUACAUCGAGCCCAUCACCUGCAAUGUACAGUUGCAGAACGCAACUGCACAUCCAAAGAACUCCGUCAAGACCACCCGGCUGGACGACUCCCUUCCUACGUGCGGUGAUGCGUGUUGUCCCUUUGGAUACACCUGCACUGGGGACUCGCUGUGUGCUAUGAACACGUCCAGCGCGUCCACUGGCGCUGCCAGCCAGUCCUCCACAAUGUCCACGUCCACGUCCACAGCUGGGUCAACAUCCACAGGCUCAGUGACCUCCUUCACAACCUCCGCCUCCACCACCGAUGCCUCCGAUCCGACCAUCGUCCCUGUCACCACCGGUUCCAAAUCUGCCAUCUCCGACAGUAGCAGCAACAACAGCAGCAACGGCACAUCCGCCGCUGCCCUCACAUCAAAGAGUACCUGCUCUUCAUACCCCACCACCGCCAUCCUAGCCGGCUUCUUCCCUGGGGCCUUAUUUGGCGCCGUACUGGCCCUUCUCUGCAUGUUCAUCUACCGCAAAUGGCAAAGAAAACACCAGCCCCCUUCAGCAAAAGUAGCCCAAUUCACCCGCCGCUCCUCAAAAGGCACCCUCAUCGGGAUCUCCUCUCCCAUCCCCUCCGACGAAAGCUCCUACCGAACGGACUUCCUCCUGCGUCGAAACCGGUCUACGAAACGGUACUCCGAGGGCGCCCGCUCACGGUUCCAACGGACCGGAACAAGAGUCCGGAGCCUCUUCAACCCCAACGCCUUGCCCAAAGCCAGCUCCCCAAAGACACUAGUCCCAGAACGAGGCGGCGGCCUGCCAGCUCGGGUACCGGUUCCUGUACCCCCGUUGCCGAUCUCGGUGACACCUCUACAGCCGGGUCGACCAGCAUCGAAGAAAACAUUGGCCCGCACGGAGAGUAUCAGGGUGUAUACGCCGCCGGGGGUGUUUGCCACGACGGGCGUGUUGAAGCCGGAUCCGUAUCCGACGCAUAUUCGGACCGAGGGGGCGUUUGAUGCCAUGGAUAAGUGUUGAUGUUUCUGUAGUCAAGAUUUAUUUGAGGAGGUAUUUCGUUGUUAUCUGAUAAGUUAUGUUUGAUUUUGACUUAGGAUAGAGUAAUAGUGAUGUGGAG